CGGCGGGAUCGUCUGCGAGAAAAUUCUCUCCAACAGGAUUUUCACGUUUUCUCUCGUCCGGUUGGACCGUGAAUUAACGCGAACGGUACGGUGACAACGUUCUUUUUAUCUCGUUGUCGAUCUACGAAUAGAUUCGUAUCGAGGAAGCUUCGAAACGUGGGUGGACUCGACCGUUGUGGGGUGCAAGUAUCGUCGUCGUCGUCGUCGUCGUCGUCGCCGUCGUCGUCGUCGCCGUCGACGCACAGUGUUUCGAUCAAUGGACAAAAAUCGAAAUUUUAAAGUUGGUGGCGGUCGUGUAGCGGCAACGUCGAAUAGGUCGCAAUAAGGAACAGAAACGACCGGUGACGUACCAUCAACGUCGAACCGCGGCGAUCGUCGGAAGAUCGUUGGGGAUCGUAUCGUGUCCUCGGACCGAUGGAUUGAAGCAACGUCCAGGAAGAAGCUGUCGUCGAGCGGCUACGGCUUCCAGGAUUUCAUGCAACGCCGAUGGAGGGUUUAUAGAUCGAGAAGGGGCGCACCGGACCACCCGAACGAGGUGUCAUCCGGCUGGUGAUCGCGUCGGUCUCGCGUCGUCCUUCGUCCACGGGGCUGAGGAGACCGGGAUCGUUAGCCGUGGGUGUUUUCGAUCAGUUUAAGACAGUGACAACCGAGUCCCAAACAGGCGCUGCGGCGCCGAAAUGGGCCCCGCCAGCAGCCGCGAACAGAUCGGGGAGCAGAUCGGUGACGACGAUGGCUUGCAGAUCAAGACUAAACCUACGAUCAACCACAUCACGGAAAGUGAAUACUCUGUAGAAGAACAUGCAAGAUUAACAACUACAGAUGGACCAGGUGAUGAAGCAUCUCCAGAGGAUGAGGGGGGAUCAUUGUGCGAAUACCAUGAUAUACCGCCUCCACCUGAUGGUGGAUAUGGAUGGGUUGUGGUAUUUGCAUCAUUCAUGUGUAACAUGAUAGUAGACGGUAUUGCCUACACUUUUGGUGUUUUUCUGGGAGAAUUUGUUAAAUAUUUUGGAGAAGGAAAAGGAAAAGCAGCAUGGGUUGGCUCAUUAUUAUCUGGCAUGUACCUCAGUGCUGGACCCGUUGUCAGUGCUUUAACAAAUAAAUAUGGAUGUAGAGCAGUGUGUAUGGCUGGAAGUUUUUUAGGUGCAGCGGCAUUUGUACUUUCAACAUUUUCAACUAGUAUAAAUAUGCUUAUGCUGACUUAUGGUGUUAUGGGAGGAAUUGGAUUUGGUCUAAUAUAUUUGCCAGCCGUAGUUUGCGUGGGUUAUUAUUUUGAAACCAAAAGAUCUUUAGCUACGGGUAUUGCCGUAUGUGGUUCAGGAUUUGGUACAUUUGCAUUCGCGCCGCUCGCAACAAUGUUAUUAGAAACAUAUAAUUGGAAAGGAGCAAAUUUGAUCCUUGCAGGCCUUAUUCUACAUUGUGCUGUGUUCGGCGCAAUGAUGAGACCGUUAGAAUACCCAAAACCUUCUUCUGUUAAACCACUGUUACAAAGAAUGGCGGAAGAGAAAAGAUUUCAGAUGGAACGUGGGAGCAUUGGGGGUUCUUAUUUCAUGGUACAAUUGCCUGACGGAUCCAUGGAAAAAAGAAUGAAAAUGCCUAUUAAUAUCGAUCCUGGUGUUCAUUCUAGCUUCAAUUUAGACCAAUUAGUGCCUGGAACUCCUUUAACACCAGUUCCAACGGUACCAACCCUCCCCACUAUAUCGGAAGUGAAAGUGCAAGAACACUCUUCUAGUGGAGCAACUAGUAACAGUGGCAGUAUGGACUUAAAAACUAUUUCCACCAAAUCAAAGAGUAAAAGGAAUAUCGACGAUACCAAAGAAACGAAAGAUGUAUCAGAAAAGUCUGAAAGUGAAUUUAAACCAAUUAUUCCUAGAAACGCUUCGCAGCCAGCUUUCACGACUCACGUGCAAGGUUUACCCAAAAAUGGUUCUGUGCCAUUCUUUGAUAGAAUUCGUAAAACUAGUACUGGCGAGAGAUAUAAACCAAGUCUUAGCGCGAUUAAGAAUUCUAGAACGACGUUAAACUCAAACGGCGAUAUCAGAAAAAGUUUACAUUUGAGACUUUCUACGAGCAGCGUCAUGGGUUCUCGGAAUAAUAACGCGGAAGUGGACGAUGGCGAGAGUAUUACUUUUACGACUAGCAAAUCAAGUAUCCCAAAAGAGAAACCACAAAUAAUUCGGCCAUUAUCGAGAAAGGAUAUUUUUUACAGCGGCAGUGUACUUAAUUUACCAGAGUAUCAGAGUCAAAAGUCUCUGGCGAAUUAUCGUCAGAGUGUUAUUUCGUUACCAAAAUCUGUUCGAGGAGACGUCAAAGACACCGAUGUCGAGAAGGCACCUCAACAACCAUUGUGUCCUUGCUUGGUGCUACCGGAUUCAUUCAAAGAAGCCUUGGCUACGAUGAUGGAUGUAUCUUUACUGAAGGAUCCAGUGUUUCUGUUGAUCGGUAUUAGUAAUGUGUUCGGUAUGGCUGGAUUGUAUGUCCCCUUUUUUUACUUGGUAGACGCUGCGGUUUUAGAUGGAAUUGAAAGCAAUUCUGCGUCGUUUUUAUUGUCUAUAAUUGGCAUUACCAAUACUGUAGGACGUGUAGCUUGUGGAUACAUCGCGGACUUUCCACAAGUAGACUCUCUGCUGUUAAAUAAUAUCUGUUUAAUUAUAUCGACAGUUGCUGUUGCUGCAACACCAUUUUGUCAUUCUUAUCCCGCUUACAUCGUUAUGAGUAUAUUUUUUGGUAUAGCUAUAUCGGGAUACAUUUCUUUGACAUCAAUUAUUUUAGUAGACCUAUUGGGGUUGGACAAAUUGACAAAUGCAUUUGGUCUUUUAAUUUUAUUCAGAGGUGCUGCUGCCAUUAUUGGUUCGCCUUUGGCAGGUGCCGUUUACGAUGCAACAAAAACCUAUAAUAUCCCAUUCUUUAUGGCAGGAUUUUUCUUCUUGAUAAGCACUAUAACCAGUUUCAUGGCUCCAGCAAUGAAACGGUGCACAACGCCGCAGACUCAGCCUGUGAUAUUAGAUACAUUGACUCCAAUUGACGAAGAUAUCGAAGAGGAGAACGAGGAAGAUAUUCCUGAAAUUGUAGAAACUGCGCCAUCUCCGCAAGAACCGCCUGAAAAAGAAAUUAAACAAAUAGAGUCUGUUUUAUAAAGGUUGGUCCGCAUAAGGAGACAAAAAAUAUAUAGCCUUCACCUCCGAGCCACACUGUGAUAGGGCUGCUGCUUUGAGAAGGUCUGAAAAAGGUAUUUUUUCGUUAUACAAUUUAAUGGAUGAAGCACAAAUUAAUAAAUAUCACCUGAUGGUAUUUUUGACGUACUUAGAAUUUUUGCAAUUGUAUCUAAUUUUUUUUAUGAAACUAAUAUAUGUAUAUAUAUUAGUAGAUAUAUAUACAGGGAAAAAAUGCCAUCAGGUAACCAAAUUUCAUUUGCCUAUGUCAAUAGUAGAUUAUAGAUAGAAGAAUUUAUUAACUUAAUCAGUAUAGAUUGAUCAGUAUAAAAAAUGUUGAAAAAAAAAAAAAUGAAAAAAAUGCUUUUUGCACUUGCAUAUCGAAUAAUCUUGACAAAGAAGCAAAAACAUUAAUCUCGAUUAUAGGUGAUACAAAUGUUAUGAUUUAGAAUAAGGAUGGUCAAUCUUACAGUUUACGACUGGCUCUCUUUAACCACUGUUCCCUCUUUAAUACCACGUUUUAAGAGUACUUUUAGUCAAGUGUAUUUUUUGAGGUACAGUUUACGUAUUGAAAACAACGAAAACAUUUUGCUAUAGUUACAUACGUCGGUUUUUUCCCAGUGUUUACGCAUAAAUUGCGUGCACUUAGAGAAGAUAGACUGUGCGCUUUUAUGGGAGUCGAAAGCAACAUUGAAAAACAGGGAUAGUCCUGUGGUAAUGCUCUGUCAUAUUACAGAGAUAGAAAUUUUCAGAUUUCUAAAUUUGAGAUUUCUGAAUCAGAGACUUCGACUGUUUUUGCGGAGCGCGAAGUCCAUCCGCGCGUAACUCUAUAUGUUUAUGUUGGAAUGAAGUUCGAUUUGAAAUUACACGCGUAGCCAAUGUCUUUCACGAUCGACCAUCCUUAAUCGAGAACACCCCCACCUAAUACGACUCGUUACUUAAAUCUAUUUUUGGUCGCAACCCAAAGAUACAAUUCCAAUUGAUUACAUUCAGAGAGAUAUUUUUCUUGCAUAUACGAUAAAUGUACAUACAUUAUUAUAGGUAAAAAGAAUGUGGAGUAGGUUACAUUAUAUAAAUAGAUGAUUCGUUGUCGCGGAUAAAGAAUUGUAAAUAAUAUAUAGGCAAUUGUAAAAUAGUGUAUAACAUGAAAUUUCGGAAUUAGGUGAAUAGAAUGAUUUCUGUUUUCUGGAACGCCCGUUUACAGGGGUUGGUUCCUGUAUUAAUAUAUUGAUUAUUAAUAAGCAAUUAAUACCGCUCGUAGAUAGAGACUAUAAUUAAUAUAUUAACGAUUCAACUAAGAACGUUUCGUUUCGCUGGAUGUAUAAAGAAGAAACGAAACGUUUCGUCCGAUGCAUCUAGUUUGUGUAAAUUAAUUCUAAUUAAUUAACCAGAAUUGACUGUCGGGAAGACGCGAUACGAUUCGAGGCACAUUAAUUAACACAAACUAAUUCUCGACUAAAUAUACAUAUACGUGUUUAAUGCGACACGAGCCACAGCGAAAUAUAGAGUUUUAUCGUGUCACUUGUACCGUGUAAGUAAUAAAAAGAAAAGAAUACCGAUUAAUCGCGACUAGAGAGGGAGAGAACGUUAAUUCAAUUAUAUAUUAUAAUAACUUUUUAUUUACAAACGCAUACGCGCCUAUUACGUAUAAUUAUAUAAAUCUGUGUGCGAUCAAUAUGGAUUUAUAUACUUAUAUUCACUUAUAUAUAUAUAUACACACACAUAACGAUGAAGGAAAAAGGAGGGAGAAUAAUUGUAAAAAAAAUCUUGUUGAGUGACAUACAACAAAUGUUAUUAACUUGUAUGUACAUUGUAUAUACGACGAUUUAACUGGCAACGUUUAUCGACGCGCGCGAUUUACUCGGUAGGUAACAAAAAAAGGAAAGAAAGGUUGCUGUCGAUAAAGAAAAGAAAAAAUAAAAAAAAAAGAAAUACCAACAGUGCUACUAUCAAUCACUGCUGCUGCUAUCACUAUUACCACUAUUAUUAUUACUACUACGCUACGCAUUAUUAAUUAGUACAAUUAUUACAAACACUUAUUUUUAUUCUCACGAUUGUCAUACAAGAGAAUGUUUUUCUUUCUUUUCGUGGUUUGAAUUGAACAUAAUGUACACAUGCUAUCCAAGCCGAAAACGUGUACGCGUGCACGCGCGUCGUCGUCGGAAAAUCUUGCAAUUAUACUUACCAUUAAUAGAACGUAUACAUAAAUAUAUGAAUAUUACCGACGCGCGUGCGCCCGGUGCAUUUCGCGUAUGCGCAUGUUUUCUCCGUAUGUAUGUAUGUAUGUGAGAGUUUGGCGGGAAAGAGUGGGGGAUACAGACAGAACUCGGUAGAUACACGGAGCAUGUACAAUUCAUUGUGUACGCAUAAUACAAGGCAUACAUGCGUGCGAGACGUUUAACAUACACGUGCACGCGACUUGAUCUUGUGCAUAUGUUAAAAAAAAAAAAAUAAGAAAAAAAAAAGAAGCGAUGUGUAUGUAUGCUAUGGUACAAAGAAGGACAAAUUGUAUUAGGUGACGUUUAUUGAAACUGUGAAGAGGAAUUAUGAAUUUUUAUUACUGAAA